UGAGUUCUCCAAGCAGCUCCAGCAGCCUAUCGGUCUCUCAUCGCUAGCUCUCUCCCUCUUUCUCUCUCAAAGACUAUGGCCAUGGGAAGGGGCAGUCGCAACGCAGCUUUGCUGCUCUCCAUACUGCUCAUCGCUUGCUCGCCGUUAAACUCCCUCGCAACCACCCAUGUCGUGGGGGACUCACAAGGAUGGGGCUUCUCCAUGUCGUAUGCCAAUUGGGCUAAUGGCAAGAGCUUUGCUCCUGGAGAUACUCUCGUGUUCAACUACCAAGCUGGUCUGCACAACGUGGUGCCAGUGAACGCAGCAGGCUACAGAAGCUGCAAGGCAUCUGGAAGCGCGUCCAAAGCAGCCACAACAGGCGAUGACAAGUUCACGCUCAAGAAAGGGGCCAACUACUUCAUCUGCAGCAUUCCAGGCCACUGUGAAGCAGGCAUGAAGAUCCAAGUCAUCGCCAACUAAAUCUGACAUAUCUAUCUCUAUAUAUGUGUGUCGUGUACUGUGCUAGCAAGGAGUGGUCAGAGAAGCGGUCACUCUCGCUGUUGGCUUAAAUAAUGAUCGCAGUGUGGUCGAGAAGUUGUAAUGCUUGUAGUUCUCAAUAUGAAGCUUGCAUGCGUAAAUGAUCAUCACCUUGUGUGUCCA